GGUGGCGGCGGCGGCGGCGGCGGCGCCUCGUGCGCGCGGUUAUUUAUUUAUUUCCGGCCCCAGAGCGCUUAUAAUGGAGCCGCUGUCAGCAGAACCUUCUGCCGCCGCCGCCGCCGCCGUCCCCGUCCCUCCUCUUUUUUUUCCCGGCAGAUCUCUGUUGUGUGGGAGGGCAGCGGGGAUGGACUUGAGCUUGCGGAGCUCCUGCUAGAGCAGCGCGCUCGGAGAGGGCGCCCCGCCGCGAGGAUCCGUCGCCGCCGCCCCAGGCCCCGCCGCCCGGCCUCCGCCCGCCCGCGCCCUGCUGGGCCCCCGCGCCCGCGCCCCCAGGAGAGUGCCCUCGCCGCGGCAGAUGUGUGUGGGGUCGGCCCACGGCGGGGACUAUGGUGAAAUUCCCGGCGCUCACACACUACUGGCCCCUGAUCCGGUUCCUCGUGCCCCUGGGCAUCACCAACAUAGCCAUCGACUUCGGGGAGCAGGCCUUGAACCGGGGCAUUGCUGCUGUCAAGGAAGAUGCCGUGGAGAUGCUGGCCAGCUACGGGCUGGCAUACUCCCUCAUGAAGUUCUUCACGGGCCCCAUGAGUGACUUUAAAAAUGUAGGCCUGGUGUUUGUGAACAGUAAGCGAGACAGGACCAAAGCCGUCCUGUGCAUGGUGGUGGCCGGGGCCAUCGCCGCCAUCUUUCACACCCUCAUAGCGUACAGUGACUUAGGCUACUACAUCAUCAAUAAACUGCACCAUGUGGAUGAGUCCGUGGGGAACAAAACGAGAAGGGCCUUCCUGUAUCUUGCUGCCUUCCCUUUUAUGGAUGCAAUGGCAUGGACCCAUGCUGGCAUUCUCUUAAAACACAAAUACAGUUUCCUGGUGGGAUGUGCCUCAAUCUCAGAUGUCAUAGCUCAGGUCGUUUUUGUAGCCAUUUUACUUCACAGUCACCUGGAAUGCAGAGAGCCUCUGCUCAUCCCGAUCCUCUCCCUGUACAUGGGCGCCCUGGUGCGCUGCACCACCCUGUGCCUGGGCUACUACAGGAACAUCCACGACAUCAUCCCCGACAGGAGUGGACCAGAGUUGGGGGGAGAUGCAACAAUAAGAAAGAUGUUGAGCUUCUGGUGGCCUUUGGCUCUCAUCUUGGCCACACAGAGAAUCAGCAGGCCUAUUGUCAACCUCUUUGUUUCCCGGGACCUUGGCGGCAGUUCUGCAGCUACAGAGGCAGUGGCAAUUUUGACAGCCACGUACCCUGUGGGUCACAUGCCAUAUGGCUGGUUGACGGAAAUCCGUGCUGUCUACCCUGCUUUUGACAAGAACAACCCCAGCAAUAAACUGGUGAGCACGAGCAGCACGGUCACGGCCGCCCACAUCAAGAAGUUCACAUUUGUCUGCAUGGCCUUGUCGCUGACGCUCUGUUUUGUGAUGUUCUGGACACCCAACGUUUCCGAGAAGAUUUUGAUAGACAUCAUCGGGGUGGACUUCGCCUUUGCAGAGCUCUGUGUUGUCCCUUUGCGCAUCUUCUCCUUCUUCCCGGUCCCAGUCACUGUGAGGGCCCAUCUCACUGGAUGGCUGAUGACGCUGAAGAAGACAUUUGUCCUGGCCCCCAGCUCCGUGCUGCGGAUCAUCGUCCUCAUCACCAGCCUCGUGGUCCUGCCCUACCUGGGGGUACAUGGAGCCACCCUGGGUGUGGGCUCCCUCCUGGCGGGGUUUGUGGGUGAGUCCACCAUGGUCGCCAUAGCAGCCUGCUACGUCUACCAGAAACAGAAAAAGAAAAUGGAGAAUGAGUCAGCUGCAGAGGGGGAGGAUUCAGCGAUGACAGACAUGCCUCCAGCCGAGGAGGGGAUGGACGUCGUGGAGAUGCGAGAGGAGGACGAAUGAGCGCAGCACCGUGGAGGCAGUCCAGCCGACCCUUCACACCAUCUCCUCUCCCAUCGUGUUCUGUCCUUCGGUUUUGGCCUUGAUUUAAAGGUUUCAUGUCAACUCUCUGGCAUACUGGGUAUGCUCACACUGAUGUGGGGACCUAAAUGGUCUGUGCCAUUGCUUUGUAAAAACAAAACAAUUGGCUUCAUGCCCUUGCUUCACAAAAACCCAAAAGACAGCUGCCUCAUAGCCCAAGGUGUGUCCUCCUCCCUCGGACAAUCUCUGCUCGGAACCAAAGGACCGCGGCUCUGCCAUCCAUCGCCCCUCCACGACCAUGCCCAGCAGGCCACACUUCACCCUGUCCCUUUGCAUCUCUCCUAAGAACCAAGGGUCACAACCGGGCUUUCUUUGAUUGGUUGCCCAGUAACACAGCUGUACCCAGAGAUGUAACCCUGGUGGCCUUCCACUAUGGGGUCAUAAACUGCUGCCCACGAGCAGAGGGUCAGCAGCAGGCUGCAGCCUGGAGUGACCGUUCCCACUGAGGACUGGAUUUGCGAAUGCGCUGGAUGGACAGACGGAAAUAAUCUCCUGUAGGAAGGUUUGAGGUGCCACAGGAGUAGUGAAUGAUAUCAUUUCAUCUUGUAUUUUCCUAGGUUUGAGUGAACUCCAUAUACAUACAUGAACUAAAUGUUUUAAGUUGUCACAAAUGCGCAUCUGCAAAUUUCAGCGUCCACAGGCAUGACUCCCUGAAGGCUUGUUUUUCACUCACCUUUCCUGAAGAUGGCACUAGAGCAAGUGAAAUGGAGCGUACUAACUUUACAUUUUAGUUUUUAAAGUGAACUGAAGCUUUAAGUCAUAAUCUAGCAUUUUAAUGCCAGGUUGCUAUAUCAUACCUUUUGAAAUAGUUCAUUACCUGGUUCUGCCAUUCUUAGACAUAACCACAUGGUACAAGUGAUUCAGAGUGUCCUUUGGUACUCCCCUCUCACGCCACACGAUAAAGCAAGACAUUUUAUAAACGAUAGCAAAGUCACUAUGUGAUAUUCCCUGAAAAGACACAUUUGAAAUCCAUUAGUGCAGUAUAUUUUUCUAAGUUUUGGAAAGCGGGUUUUUUCUUUAAAAAAAAUUGUGGACACUGUUCACUAAAUUCUUGAUUUAGUCAAAAUUCCUAGGCAGAAAGAACCUAAACACAAAAAUAUUUUAAAGAUAAAAAUAUAUACUGUAUAUGUUAUGUAAUUUAUUUUAGGCUAUAAUACAUUUCCUAUUUUCGCAUUUUCAAUAAAAUGUCUCUAAUACAAUACGGUGAUUGUUUAUGUGCUCAGCAUACCUGCAGUUGAAACGUAUUGUAUCAACGAACAUUGUGUCUUAUUUGCAGCAGGUUUACAAAUGUCAUUUGUAUAUAAAUGUAAGGAUCAGUACAUGACAAGAGAACUAUUUUUCAUUAUGGGUAAGGGGUAUAAAUGAAUCAGCUGGUGUAAACAGUGGGGAUGGAAAUACACACUGGAAGGGCAGAAAAGGAAAAGCCAAGCCUUUGUGUUUAUUGUUUUCAGUGAUGUCCGACCACAUUGUUCCUCAAAGAAAAAAGAAUGUGACAGCAUAAGUCUGCCAUGAACAUCACAGGGCUGUAUCCACAUUUCUGGACACCCAGUGAUCCUCAGGUGUGCCCACCGUGGAGACAAUUCUCACGGGCUUCCUCUGAGCGGUUUCUCCUUCAUAUAUAAGUGCUGUGCUGAAAAUUAAGGUGCAUAAUUUUGGGGUGGUUUCCAAGGUAAGGUGGGGGAAAAAAUCUCAUUGUAUCAGCUUUUUAAAAGCACCUGACUAGAAAAUUAAACAGCAGUAUUUUUUAACA